CCUGUCCCCUCCCUUUUACAGUGUUGGCCUCGGAACAGACUCCGAGUGUUAAUAGAGCGUUGGCGGCGACGGCCGAGUCAGAUCACUAUAAACAAAAUUUGCACCUGAGAAAAUGUUGAAGUAGGAGUUACUGAUACAUUGGAUUUGCUGGAUGAAAUACAAGCAGUUAAUUUUUGUAACGUGGGGAAAAAGCCUAAAUUGCCAGAUUACAUGUGUAAAUCACUGCGUUACUGCUUUAGUCAUUGUCUUUAUUUAGCAAUGACAAGACUUGAAGAAGUAAAUAGAGAAGUGAACAUGCAUUCCUCAGUGCGGUAUCUUGGCUAUUUAGCCAGAAUCAAUUUACUGGUUGCCAUAUGCUUAGGUCUUUAUGUAAGAUGGGAGAAAACAGCAAAUUACUUAAUUUUGGUAAUUUUUAUUCUUGGUCUUUUUGUUCUUGGAAUUGCCAGCAUCCUCUAUUAUUAUUUUUCAAUGGAAGCAGCAAGUUUAAGUCUCUCGAAUCUUUGGUUUGGAUUCUUGCUUGGCCUCCUAUGUUUUCUUGAUAAUUCAGCCUUUAAAAAUGAUGUGAAAGAAGAAUCAACCAAAUAUUUGCUUCUAACUUCGAUAGUAUUAAGGAUAUUAUGCGCUUUGGUGGAAAGAAUUUCUGGUUAUGUCCGUCAUCGACCGACUUUACUAACCACAGUUGAAUUUCUGGAACUUGUUGGAUUUGCCAUUGCCAGCACAACUAUGUUGGUGGAGAAGUCUCUGAGUGUCAUUUUACUUGUUGUAGCUUUGGCCAUGCUGAUUAUUGACCUGAGAAUGAAGUCUUUCCUAGCUAUUCCAAACUUAGUUAUUUUUGCAGUCUUGUUAUUUUUUUCCUCACUGGAAACCCCCAAAAAUCCAGUUGCUUUUGCAUGUUUUUUUAUUUGCCUGAUAAUUGAUCCUUUCCUUGACAUUUAUUUUAGUGGACUUUCAGUAACUGAAAGGUGGAAACCAUUUUUGUAUCGUGGAAGAAUUUGCAGAAGACUUUCAGUCGUUUUCACUGGGAUGAUUGAGCUUACAUUUUUUAUUCUUUCAGCAUUUAAACUUAGAGACACUCAUCUCUGGUAUUUUGUAAUACCAGGCUUUUCCAUUUUUGGAAUUUUUUGGAUGAUUUGCCAUAUUAUUUUUCUUUUAACUCUUUGGGGAUUCCAUACCAAAUUAAAUGACUGCCAUAAAGUAUACUUUACCCACAGGGCAGAUAACAAUAGCCUUGAUAGAAUCAUGGCAUCCAAAGGGAUGCGUCAUUUUUGCUUAAUUUCAGAGCAGUUAGUUUUUUUUAGUCUUCUUGCGACAGCGAUUUUGGGAGCAGUUUCCUGGCAGCCAACAAAUGGAAUCUUCUUGAGCAUGUUUCUAAUCGUUUUGCCAUUGGAAUCCAUGGCUCAUGGGCUCUUCCAUGAAUUGGGUAACUGUUUAGGAGGAACAUCUGUUGGAUAUGCUAUUGUGAUUCCCACCAUCUUCUGCAGUCCCGAUGGUCAGCCAACAUUGCUUCCACCAGAACAUGUACAAGAGUUAAAUUUGAGGUCUACUGGUAUGCUUAACAAUAUCCAAAGAUUUUUUGCAUAUCAUAUGAUUGAGACCUAUGGAUGUGACUAUUCCACAAGUGGACUGUCUUUUGAUACUCUACAUUCCAAACUGAAAGCUUUCCUCGAACUUCGGACUGUGGAUGGACCUAGACAUGAUACAUAUGUUUUGUAUUACAGUGGCCACACACACGGUACAGGAGAGUGGGCUCUAGCAGGUGGAGACGUAUUACGCCUUGACACACUUUUAGAAUGGUGGAGAGAAAAGAAUGGUUCCUUCUGUUCCCGGCUAAUUAUUGUAUUAGACAGUGAGAAUUCAACCCCUUGGGUGAAAGAAGUGAGAAAAAUUAAUGACCAGUAUAUUGCAGUACAAGGAGCAGAGAUGACAAAGACAGUAGAUAUUGAAGAAGCUGACCCACCUCAGCUGGGUGACUUUACGAAAGACUGGGUAGAAUAUAACUGCAACUCCAGUAAUAACAUCUGCUGGACUGAAAAGGGACGCACAGUGAAAGCAGUCUAUGGCGUGUCAAAACGGUGGAGUGACUACACUCUACAUUUGCCUACUGGAAACGAUGUGGCCAAGCACUGGAUGUUACAUUUUCCUCGUAUUACAUAUCCACUAGUGCAUUUAGCAAAUUGGUUAUGUGGUCUGAACCUUUUUUGGAUCUGCAAAACUUGUUUUAGGUGCUUGAAAAGAUUAAAAAUGAGUUGGUUUCUUCCUACUGUGCUGGAUACAGGACAAGGCUUCAAACUUGUCAAAUCUUAAUUUGGACCCCAAAGCAGUAUGUUGAGAGUUCUUACUACCAAUUAUCACUAACUUGCCAUUUUUUAAAUGGUUAUUUUUGUUUGUGGAAAAUAUCUUGCUACUUCUGUAGCUGUUUUCACUUUGUCUUUUCUCACGUAAUUAUGGUUAUAUGUAAGGUGUUAGGAAUAAGCAUUAUUUUAUACUAAAAGGAUGUAGGGAGUCAAAUACUGACUGUAUAAAUGCGUAAGAGAUGUUAAAAAUAACAAUGCACUUUCAGCAAUGUUUGCAUAUGCCUCUGAAUAGAAAGAAAGUAGUUGUCUGUGCUCUGCAAUGGCCAGUGAAGAAUUACUAAUGCCUUAUUUUCUAGGCAUAGAUUAGAGAAUGUAGGCCAGACAAAUAUGUUUACUAUUUUAAGAAAACUGCCAAUUUACUUACAGAAGAUUCUUUUUUUGUGAACAGUAGGUUUGAGUCCAAGACCAUUUGAAGAACUACAAACUCUUUCUUCUUAGAAAGGGAAGAGACCUGCCCAAAAUUUGCUUAUGUACUCCAUCACUUCAGAUGUCUUGGUUGUGUCCUGUUACAAGUAUAGCAGAGAAGCCCAAAUUAUUUUUUAGACCAGAACAUUAUGUAGGUAACUGUAAAAGGCUAUAGCCUACAAGUUGCUCCUUCAUGCAUUGGUGGGGGUCCCUGAAAACACUUUCUCAGGGUAAACUUAAUGUUUUAUUAAGGAGCAAUGUUUCCAGCUACAAAUUUCUUCCAAAUAAAUUGUUUUUCUUUUCAAAAAGUACUCAUAAAACAAAUCUAGCAAUUUCUCAUUGACGGAUUCAGUCUGCUUUUAAAUAUUCAGAAAAGAUUUUGAUCUUUGUAGAGUUAGUUCUCGGCUAUGAAAAUUAUUUUUCAAAUCCCCAUUAGUGAUAACACUUUUUUCUAGUGAAGGUCAAAUGAUAGGAAACAGGUUAUUUCUUUUCUUGUGUACAUAUAAUAUAUUAUGUAAAAAAGUAUUCACAUUGGCAGUUUUAGUUAAGCAUAAUGGUGUGGUUGUAAUUUUUAAAAAUUCAGUGUUUUGUCUGAUUGAAACAGGCCCUGAUCAGGGUAUCUCCUAAGAGGUAAUUCACUUCUUAUUCCCUUCCACUAAUCCUUACAUUCUAAAUUUUUAUCUUUGAAAAAUAAUAAUAAGGGAAUAGAAUGAAAUUGGGGGAUAAUCUUUGUUGUUUUAGUGGUGUGACUUCUCACCAUUGAAGCCAUUUUUCCAGCCUCAGAGAGAGGAAAUAAUGCCUCUACCAUUUUCUACCUGGUGACUUGAAAAUUGAAGUUUUAGGAAGAAGUCACUUAGUGUCAGGGAACUUGUAUACCACUAUCUAUGCAGCAUUGUUAUAGUCUGAUUAUUUCUGUGUUUUGAAUAUGAUUUUCCUAUUGCUUUGAAUAAAAUUUUGUUAAAAAUUUUA